AUGGCAGCGAGCAAGAAAAUUGUCAUUCUCGGCGGUUCUUAUGGAGGAAUCUCCACAGCCCAUUACCUUCUGAAACAUGCAAUCCCUCAUCUUCCCGGAGAUGGCUACGAAAUCGUCCUGAUCAGCAGAUCAUCGCAAGUCAUGUGUCGGCCAGCUUGUCCUCGCGCAAUGAUCUCCGAUGACAUGUUCGACCAAGCCAAGCUUUUUGUCAGCAUCGACAAACAGUUCGAACAAUAUCCCAAGGAGAGCUUUACUUUCAUUCAUGGAUCAGCAAAGAGGUUGGAUCAUGAAAGUCGGGUAGUGAGUGUGAAUCUGGCAUCUGGUGACGUUGAGACAAUUGAGUAUUAUGCUCUGGUGAUCGCAACCGGUGCAUCGACAGCCUCGCCGUUGCUUGGUUUGAAUGGCGAUGCAAGUGAAUUGAAAGCAGAAUGGGAAGCCUUUCGGCAAGUCCUACCGAAGGCGAAGACUAUCGUCAUAUCAGGAGGAGGUCCUGCUGGGAUUGAAGUAGCUGGUGAGUUAGGCGAAUAUUUGAAUGGCCAACCUGGCUGGUUCGGUGGAAUAUCGACACAUCCCAAAGUCUCAAUUACAGUCUAUACUGCUGGCUCUCAGAUCUUGCCUGUUUUGAGACCAUCCAUUGCAAAGAACGCGGAAGAUCUUCUCUCUAAAGUUGGUGUCACUGUUGUCAAGACCACUAGGGUCAAGUCCGUCGAUGCCAUUGGUGGAGGAGAUGUUCAUGCCACCAGCAAGGCAAUAAUCUCACUCGACGAUGGGAACAGAGUAGAGGCCGAUCUAUACAUCCCUGCUACUGGCACAAAACCCAACACUGACUUCAUCAAUGCUUCACUGCUCGCUUCGGAUGGACGUGUCGAUACCAACCAAUCGACAUUACGAGUCGACAAAGCAGGACCCCGCGUUUAUUCGAUCGGCGACGUGUCUUCGGCAGCUCGGCCAGCAAUCCAUCUCAUCCUCGAUGCCAUUCCCGUUCUCUGCGGUAAUAUCAAAAGAGAUCUGCUCCUUGACUCAGCAGUUAAAAAUGGCUUAGUUGGAGAGGAUCGGAUGUUGAGGGAGGAUACUCGAGAGACUCAGAUGGUGCCUAUUGGGAAGAGCAAAGGUGUUGGGGCAGCGAUGGGGUACCGCUUACCUAGCUUCUUAGUGUGGUUGAUCAAGGGGAGGGAUUAUUGGCUAUGGAAGACGGGUGGACUCUGGAGUGGGAAGCAAUGGGCGAAGGAGACGUGA